AUGUCCGUACGAAGGUAUCGUGCGCGACGUCCCGCCUCACCUAGGGUUGGAUCGCAGACUAUUACCGUGUACCCGAAGCCCGCCGAGUUCAGCAACGCCACAAAAUUGUUGAAAGUGUCGCUCAAGCCAAGACAUUAUCGCUCAAGAAAAGUCGUGUCCCAAGAAGCCACGACCAGACCCCUCAUACCUACACCACGUUCAAGCAGCUGCGCCGCUACCGUUCAAGUGAACACGACUUCCAAGGCCAAGGUUGCUGAGCGUGUUCACCACCAAGAACAUUCAGUGCGAGGCAAAGACACGCACCUUGAAGGAACGAAAGAUCAACCACGCAUCUGUCGAUGUAAACAAGCCAAGAUGUACCACCAGUACACUUAAGCCAAGUCCAUGCCGAAGAUGAUGACCCCAAGAUUAUGCCCGAAGAACACAGAACAACACAGGACAACACAGAAGAACACAGAUGAAGACAGGAGAAGAUAGCUUUUACUGAAUGCUAGAAGAAAGCAUAAGAGACGUAAAUCAGGGA